AUGCAGCUCCAAUUCAUUCUUACUCUGAUAGCCGCGGCUGGUGUCGUCUCAGCACCUGUUCCCGUUGCUGAACCAGCUCCCCUUCUCGAAGCCCGUGAUGGCACAGCUAUCACCGGAAAAUACAUUGUCAAGAUGAAGGACGGAGGCCUCAUUGAUACCACCCAAAUCGCCCUCGCACUCCUCAAAAAAGACGCAAGCCAAGUUUUCAACUUUGGCAAAUUCCAAGGCUUCGCCGCUGAGAUGAGCGAUAGCGUUCUCAAUGUAAUGCGUCGCUUGCCAAGUUUCGAUUAUGUCGAGAGAGAUGCCGUUUUCCAGGCCAGCUGGGUGAACGAGGAUGUCGAUGUCGAUGUCGAGAAGAGGGCUGCAGUCACCCAGAACACCGCUCCCUGGGGCCUGGGACGCAUCUCCAAUGUCAAUCCUGGAAACUCGUCUUACACCUACGACAAUUCCGCUGGUGCCAACACAUGCUCCUACAUCAUUGACACAGGAAUCUACACUGCUCACCCUGAUUUCGAGGGCCGUGCCAUGUUCCUCGCAAACUUUGCCGACGAUGGCUCCAACAGCGAUGGCAAUGGACACGGCACCCACGUUGCAGGCACUGUCGGAUCAAAGACCUAUGGCGUGGCCAAGAAGACCAAGCUCUAUGCGAUCAAAGUCCUCAGCGACUCAGGUGCAGGCUCCAUUUCAGGUGUCAUGGCUGGCAUCGCUUUCGCUACCAACGACGCUAAGAGCAGAGGUUGUGCCAAAGGUGCAGUAGCCAACCUGUCACUUGCUGGGUCCAAGUCCGCAGUGUUGAACACUGCUGUUGCCCGAGCCGUCGCUGCUGGUCUCUUUGUGGCCGUUGGUGCUGGCAACGCAGGUACCGAUGCCAGCAACACAUCUCCCGCCUCCGAAGCUACCGCCUUCACUGCUGGCGCCACCGACUCUUCUGAUAACUUCGCCUCCUUCUCCAACUACGGUAGUGUCGUAGAUGGCCUCGCGCCCGGAGUUCUCAUUCUGUCCACUUCGAACACCGGCGGCACACAGGUUAAGUCUGGCACCUCUAUGGCUACUCCUCACGUCGCUGGUCUCGCCGCCUAUCUUCUCAGCCUGGAGGGUAAAAUGACUCCCAGUGCUCUUGCUGCCCGCAUCCAAGCGCUCUCUCAGAAAAAUAAGAUCAUCGGUGUACCUUCAGGCACCAACAACUAUCUCAUUUCCAACAUCAUCCAAUGA